GGCAGGGGCAGCUGGCCUCGGCCUCUCGGUCUCCUGUCUCUGGCCCCACCGCCGCUCCUGCUGGCCGCUGGUCACUGGUCACUGGUCGGGGUGGACCAGGCUGGGCCAGGCGCUGCUGCCCUGGGGCUCAUGGCCCCCCCAGGCUUGAGACUCUGGCCUUGGGAGGCUGGUUUUCCUCACAAGCAACCAACCAACACAAACAGCAGCCCUCUGGCCCUCUGGGCAGCUGGUGUCCCUGGUCUCCUGGAGGGGGAGGGGCUCGGAGGGCCGCGUGUCCUCUGCCCUGAGGAGCCAGUGGAGGGGUACAAGGGGCAGCCGGCAGGUGCCCCAACUCUAGGUCAGGCCCCCCAGCCCGCUCCACACCCAGGUCCAGAAGAGGUGAUAGCUCGGUCCUUUCUGAGCCUGUCCUGUACCCUGUGACCGUCCCCUCCCCUGCCCUGCCCUGCCCUCGUUCCCGGAGUCCUGGCGCUCCCCGUGAGCCUGGCACCCACCUACCGCUGCAGGAGUUUGAGAAUGCCGAGGGGGAAGAGUACGCAGCAGGCUUCUCGGCACAGGGCUCCCCUGCCUCAGGGGCUCCGAACGGGCCAGACGUGUAUGUCCUGCCACUCACCGAGGUCUCCCUGCCCAUGGCCAAGCAGCCGGGGCGCUCAGGCCCGUGACCCUGAAGCCCAGACUUCAUCAAGGGCUGCGGGCCCCCAAGGCACUGGUCUGGGUCCUCAGCCCGAGGGCCCAGGGUUCCGUGGGUAUCACCACCCCCACCCCCCGAGCCAGCGUCAGGCAGGAGCCAGGGCCUGGGGCUCAAAGGCAUGUGCACAUCUGUUGACUGGCCCGAAUCAACACCCCAUAAAACCCUGAAGGUAGACACCCUGCUGUAGGAGGCCCCCCCGACCUUCCUGGGUGACCGUGGGGCUCUCCGAGCCUGUGCUGACCUGGACACUGUAACUGGUGGGGGAGCCAAGGGUCAUCCCAGAGGACACUCCCUUCCCCCCCCACCCAUGCCCUCCCCCCCGCCCCCCCGCCAGCCUGGGCCUGUCACCUGCAAGCAGUGUCGGGGACCUUGAAGAAUCUUUGAGACUUGGCUUCUCCCACCCCUCAGGGGACUGUCCCUGAGGGUGGGGGGCCGGGGCAUAGGAGCGAGCGGCCGCCGCCGGCUUUCUCCAUUUCUGUAGCUCACGUGUAGUUCUGUAGGGUUCCCCGUCUCUGGGGACGGGAGAGACUUCAGGUGAUGCCGGGGUCAAGGGCUAAAACCCUGAGUAACAAGUAUCACCUGGACCUGGAGAAUGUGGAGGAGUCCGCAGGCUGGGGCCCAGGGACGGGAGCCCCGAGACUCAGGGCCCGUGCAACCCCCAUCCUAAGUUCUGCUCAGCAUCAAGGUCAAUAUUCCCUGGGAGCAGCCCCCCACCCCCGAGGCUCUCCUGGCAUCCUAGGCCCAGCCCUGUCCCCUGGCCCUCAGGACAGUUGGCGUGGGAGCAGAAUUCGGGGAAUCCCUUGGGGCACAGGGCGCGAGUGGGUUCAGCAGCCCUGGCCCUUCCUCUGGGGCCCCCACUGACCCUUCCUCCCUACUGACCUCACCCAGCACAGCCUAUAGGAGAAUGGGCCCUGUGUGCUCCGUACAGGGCUGUGCCAAGCAGACCCCAACAAAGGAGCCUUUGGUGUGCCUGGUGCUGGAAUGCCAGCCUGUGGCAGGGGUGAGGGGACGGGCUGCUCCGGGGCCCUCCUCCCCACGGGCUGGGCCCCGGCCACACUGCCUGCCUGGCAUUGCCUCUGCGCCCAUCCUGGCUCCAGGCCCUGCUGUCUUCAGCCUGGCUCGUCCCGGUGGCCUGGGGCACAGCCUUUGCAGACCCAGGAGAAAGAUGCCCGGACGUGACUUGGAGGUCUGCAGCUCCCCUGGGAGGCAGGCACCCUGUUCUUGGUGGUGGCCCCCAGCUGCAGCCCCGGCUCUGGGGGUCUCAGGGCAGCUCCCCAGAAAAGGCCAAGUGGACAACCCCUGAAGGGGCCGCCGGGUGAGGGAAGAUCGGGGCAGUGACAGCCUGAGCUGGGGUCCCUGAGCCCCCCACCCCCACCCCCACCCCCACCCUGUUAUAGUGCAGCUGCUCAAGUCCACAGACCUGGGCCGUCACAGCCUCUUGUACCUGGAGGAGGUUGGCCACGGCUGGUUCGGGAAGGUGUUCCUGGGGGAGGUGAACUCGGGCAUCAGCAGCACCCAGGUGGUGGUCAAGGAGUUGAAGGCCAGCGCCAGCGUGCAGGAGCAGACGCAGUUCCUGGAGGAGGCUCAGCCCUACAGGGCCCUGCAGCACAGCAAUCUGCUUCAGUGCCUGGCGCAGUGCGCGGAGGUGACCCCCUACCUGCUGGUGAUGGAGUUCUGCCCCAUGGGGGACCUCAAGGGCUACCUGCGAAGCUGCCGGCUGGCGGAGUCCAUGGCGCCCGAUCCCCUGACCCUGCAGCGCAUGGCCUGCGAGGUGGCCUGUGGAGUCCUGCACCUGCAUCGCAACAACUAUGUGCACAGUGACCUGGCCCUCAGGAACUGCCUGCUCGCGGCCGACCUGACGGUGAAAAUCGGCGACUACGGCCUGUCCCACGGCAAAUACAGAGAAGACUACUUUGUGACUGCCGACCAGCUGUGGGUACCGCUGCGCUGGAUCGCGCCCGAGCUGGUGGACGAGGUGCACUGUAACCUGCUGGUGGUGGACCAGACCAAGGCCAGCAACGUGUGGUCCCUGGGCGUGACCAUCUGGGAGCUCUUUGAGCUGGGCGCACAGCCCUACCCCCACCACUCCGACCGGCAGGUGCUGGCCUACGCAGUCCGAGAGCAGCAGCUGAAGCUCCCCAAGCCCCAGCUGCAGCUGACGCUGUCUGACCGCUGGUACGAGGUGAUGCAGUUCUGCUGGCUGCAGCCUGAACAGCGGCCCACGGCCGAGGAGGUGCACCUGCUGCUGUCCUACCUCUGUGCCAAGGGCGCCACUGAGGCGGAGGAAGAAUUUGAGCGGCGCUGGCGCUCGCUGCGGCCAGGCGGGGGUGGCGCAGGCCCUGGGCUGGCAGGCCUGGCUCUGGGGGGCGCGGGCGAGCUGGCCUCCGCCUCGUCCUUCCCGCUGCUGGAGCAGUUCGCAGGCGACGGCUUCCACGCGGACGGGGACGACGUGCUGACGGUGACCGAGACGAGUCGCGGCCUCAACUUCGAGUACAAGUGGGAAGCGGGCCGCGGCGCCGAGGCCUUCCCACCCCCCGGGGCUGCAGCGAGCCCUAGCCGCACCGCUUGCCUGCAGGAGCUGUGUGCCGCUGACGGUGCGCCCCCGGGCGUGGUGCCUGUGCUCAGUGCGCACAGCCCCUCGGUGGGCAGCGAGUACUUCAUCCGGCUGGAGGAGCCGAUACCCGCCGCCGGCCACGACCCUGACUGCGCCGGCUGCACCCUCAGCCCCCAUGCCGUGGACCUGCUCCCCGAUGGUGGUGACCAGGACAAUGACUCGGAGGGCAGCGCGGCCACCUCGCUGGCCAUGGAGCCCCUGCUGGGCCAUGUGCCACCCCCAGAGGGGUCCUGGGGCCGCUGUGACUACUACCUGCAUGGGAGCUGUGCCCGGGAACCGUCCUGUCCUCUGAGCUCGCCUUCACCCGGGACCCUCGUGCUGGCGGAGCCCAGGGAGGAGGACGCCGACUGGGGCACAGCUGCCUUCUGCCCACCCUUCUUGGAGGACCCAGUGGGCACGUCCCCCUCGGGCGGGGAGGAGAUGGGGGCCACCGAGGCCUGCAGGGCCGCCCAGCCCAGACACUGGAGCUCCAACGUGUCCGCCAACAACAGUGGCAGCCGAGCACCAGGCUCCUGGGACCCGGGACACGUGGCUGGCUGCAUGGACUGCUGCCCUGGCCCAGAGCACACCUUACGGGCUGCCCCGGAGCUAGGCGGUCCCCUGGCCCUAGAGGACCCCACAGAGCCUCUCCUUGGGUCAAAGGGGGCCUCCUCUGGCCAGGAGCUAGGCCGCUGCUUUGGCCUUCCUCAUCUGUGUCCUGCUGAGGGCCUGGCACCAGCCAUCUGCCUGGUGACGUCCUCCCGGACAGAGGCAGCCAUUAGCCAGGCUAACAGCCCCCAGAUGGAGCCCAGGCUUGCUGAGGAAGCUGAGGGCUCUGCCAGACCUCAGCUACCCCUUUCCUCUGUCCCAGCCCCAUCCCAAGAGGGAGCCCUGCUUCCUGCCGAGGCGGUCAGUGCCCUCGACACCCUGCCCGCCUUGCCCACGCCUGCUGGCAGCUGGGAGACUGCCACGGAGGCAGCCCAGACCCCAGACAGCUACAGGGUUUCCCCUGAGCUGGGGGCGCCCAUCAGUGAGGAUGAGGACAUGACAGAGGCCACUUCUGGUGUCUUCGCUGAUUUGUCCAGCGAUGGCCCACUGGCUGAGAAGCCAGACGUGACUCUGGCCUUCCGCUCUUUGCAGAAGCAGGCGGGGACCCCUGACUCUGGGGACUCCCUGGAUAUCCCACCUUCAGCCGGUGAUGGUGGUGGCUGUGAGGUCUUCAGCCCAUCAGGUAUUGGCACUCCCGGCGGGCAGCCCCGAGCCCUGGACAGUGGCUAUGACACAGAGAACUACGAGUCCCCUGAGUUUGUGCUCAAGGAGGCACACGAGCCAUGUGAGCCUGAGGCCUGUGGGGAGCUGGUCUCCGAGGAGGACAGCCCUGGGCCUGAGACUCAGCUCUCCACCUCUCUUGGUGGCCUUGGCCAGAAGAACCCCUACCGUGACUCAGCCUACUUUUCGGACCUGGAUACAGAGCCUGACUGCACUUCGGGCCCCCAGGAGAAGGGAGGAGGUGACUUGACCUCCAGGUUAGAGCUGGACCUGGAGAGCUCUGGGCUGCGGGCCGCACAGCCCUCCCCUGAGUCUGGUGUGGCUGGGGGGACGCGAGGCACUGGUCCCAGAGAGGUGCUGCCGCUGCUGCCUGAGGACUUUUCUCCAGGGCCAAGUACAUGCCCGGAGGGCCCCAGACCGGACCCUCCCUGGCCCCAGGGCCCCGCCCAAGGGCCUCCAGUGCCCAGCCCCGGGGGUUCCAAGAUUUUCCUGCUGACCCCAGUCCCGCUGAGCUCAGAGAGCCACCUCCCUGAGCUCCAGGAGGCCCCAGUACUGCCGUCCGGACCCGCCCAGCAGGAACGGACAGGGAGCCCGGGUGCCCCCAGGACCCCACUCUGCCUGGCCCUGCCGGGACUGCCCGCAGCCCCGGAGGGCCGGUCGGAGGAGGAAGAGGAGGACAGCGAGGAGAGCGAUGAGUCGGAUGAAGAGCUCCGCUGCUACAGCAUCCAGGAGCCCAGCGAGGAGAGCGAGGAAGAGGCGCCUCCCGUGCCCGUGGUGGUGGCCGAGAGCCAGAGCGCGCGCAACCUGCGCAGUCUGCUCAAGAUACCCAGCCUGUUGUCGGAGGCCUUCUGCGAGGACCUGGAGCGCAAGAAGAAAGCCGUGUCCUUCUUCGACGACGUCACCGUCUACCUCUUCGACCAGGAAAGCCCCACCCGGGAGCUCGGGGAACCCUUCCCUGGAGCCAAGGAGUCACCCCCCGCAUUCCUGGCGGGCGGCCCCCGCUCCCCCAGCGCCCCCGGCCGGCCGCGGCGGGCAGACCGCUCCCCCGACGGCUCCGCGGCGGAAGAGGGUGGAGGGCUCGCGUGGGACGACGGCUUCCCGCCGACGCCGGCCCCGGAGGCCGCCCGGCCGGCUCCCGCCGCGCCUCCCAAGCAGACCACACCCGGCCCCUUCUCGCGCUUCACCGUGUCGCCUGCGCCCGCGUCCCGCUUCUCCAUUACGCACGUCUCCGACUCGGACGCCGGGUCCGUGGGAGGCCCUGUAGCCGGUGCCGGGGGCAACUGUAAAGAGGCUUGAGGCCCAGGCGGGCACCCUUGGAGCUCCUGCCAGUCCUGCUCCAGGCAGCAGCGAAGAUGGUGACCAAGAGUGGAGACCUCGGUGUUGGUGGUCGUCAGCAGCUUCCAGAGCCUCGGUGCCCCACGCAGCGCCCCGGAGCAGGGCGGGACAAGAGGCCUCCUUCGGCCGUGUGCGCCAGUCCUGGGCUGCCGGAGGGGCAGGACUUCUCCUGGACACGGGUUUGUUGCUAGCUGCUGAGGAUGCCCUCUAGCCUCAGGCCUGAGCGGGUCCCCUCCGUACAGCGGCCCCUCCACCGUGACUCUGCUAGCGGGCUGCUUGGCUUCUGAGGCCAGGGGACCGGCUCUUGGCCGGGGGGGGGGGGGAGACUUUGCACGCCCUGCCCACUAGUUCCUGUGGUGAAUGACACAGGCCCGCUGGGACGGCCUCUCUCUGCCCCCUUCUCCCCGGUUCUGGGUUUGCCAGAAGAGGACCCUGGGCUUGUGUGUCCCCCCAGCCACCCUUACCUCAGAGUCUGUGGCUGUAUUUCCCUUCGGUGACUCAGCUGGACCCGCAAACCCUCCCUCCCUGUCUGGGCCAGCUCCCGUCUGAGUCCACGGCUGGAGCCUGGGCAGGUGGGGCAAGGCGGGCGGCCCAAAAGAUGGGGGCUUCCGGCCACACCUGUUCUAGAGGUGCCCGCGGCUGGCCAGCCUGGCCCGGCAGCCCCCACAAUCCACGUCAGGGGCCCUGCCUGCAGGGGUGGGGGUGCGGGUGGGAGGGAAGUGGGGGGCUGGGCAGCACAGGGAGUAUUUUUGUAACUGCUGUUGUCUGAGCAAAUGGAAGCGGGGUGAUUUUAAGUUAUUGUUGCCAAAGAGAUGUCAGAUUUACUGUUGCUUUGGGGGUGGGGGUGGGGGACUUGUUUUGGGUUUGUGUUUUUUGUUUUCAUUAGUCUGAGGCUUCGGAUGCUGGUGCCAUGAUUUCCUUGUUCCUUUUUUGUUUGUUUUUUAAAAGAAAUCAAGCUAAGAAAACAAGCCUUCAUGCUAA